CUUUGGGCUCCUUGUCCUCCUCCUCGGCCCUCCCUUUGGCAAUGGCCCAGGAAGCCAGGGGAGGAGCUGCCAAGGGAGGAGCUGCUGCUCUUCUGCUCAGAGCCAGCAACAGCAGCAGCAGCAAAGGCAGCAGCAGGCGGGGGCUCGGAGGGAACUGACUCUCGCCCUCCCUGUUAUAUGUCAUUUGGCUUCCCUUCCACCAAGACUGCGCUGAACCAAGCCGAGACACAGGAAGACUCUGUAAUUCGCCAGGAUGUCGGAGGAGAUCAUCGUACCCGUUUAUUGUACUGGAGUCUCAGCGCAGGUCCAGAAACAACGAGCAAAAGACUUGGGUUUGGGGAAACAUGAGAACGCAGUCAAGUACUUAGGCCAGGAUUACGAAAGGCUUCGGAACGAGUGCUUGCAGAGCGGAUCCCUCUUCCGAGACGAGACCUUCCCUGCCUCCGCCUCUUCCUUGGGAUUUAAAGAGCUGGGGCCAAAUUCCUCCAAAACAUACGGCGUGAAAUGGAAACGGCCCACGGAACUGUGCCGCAACCCGCUUUUCAUUAUUGAUGGCGCCACCCGCACAGACGUCUGCCAAGGAGCGCUGGGUGACUGCUGGCUCCUUGCGGCCAUUGCCUCCCUCACCCUGAAUGACCCCCUUCUCCAUCGCGUUGUCCCUCAUGGGCAGAGCUUCCAAAACGGCUACGCAGGGCUCUUCCAUUUCCAGAUCUGGCAGUUCGGCGAGUGGAACGAUGUGGUGGUGGAUGACCUGCUGCCAACGAAAGAUGGCAAGCUGGUGUUUGUGCACUCGGCAGAAGGCAAUGAAUUUUGGAGCGCCCUGCUUGAGAAAGCCUAUGCCAAGUUGAAUGGCUGCUAUGAGGCUCUCUCUGGAGGAAGCACCUCUGAAGGGUUUGAAGACUUCACUGGAGGCGUGACGGAGUGGUACGAUCUCCGGAAGCCACCCAGCGACCUCUUCCAGAUCAUCAUGAAGGCCUUGGAGAGGGGAUCUCUCAUGGGUUGCUCCAUUGACAUCACAAGUGCUUUCGACAUGGAAGCGGUCACUUUCAAGAAGCUGGUGAAAGGCCAUGCGUAUUCGGUCACUGGCGCCGAGCAGAUCCCCUAUCGCGGGCAGAGGGUGAGCCUGAUACGGAUACGAAACCCCUGGGGAGAAGUGGAAUGGACCGGCGCUUGGAGCGACAAUUCUGGGGAGUGGAACACGGUGGACCCGUCGGUGGGGCAGCAACUGAGAAUUAAAAUGGAAGAUGGAGAAUUCUGGAUGUCCUUCCAAGAUUUCCUCCGAGAGUUCUCUCGCCUUGAGAUCUGCAACCUCACACCGGAUGCACUAAAGUCGCGCAAGUUCCGGAAGUGGAACACGACGUUGUACGACGGCACCUGGCGGAGAGGGAGCACAGCAGGCGGUUGCAGGAACUAUCCAGCCACAUUUUGGAUCAAUCCCCAAUUCAAAGUCCGUCUCGAGGAGGUUGACCACGAUGAUGAGGAAGGUAGCAGGGAGCCCGGCUGCAGUUUUGUCAUGGCGCUGAUGCAGAAACACCGGCGCCGAGAGAGGCGCCUUGGCAAGGACAUGGAGACUAUUGGCUUUGCUGUCUAUGAGGUACCACCAGAGUAUGUAGGGCAACCCUCGGUCCACCUGAAGCGCGACUUCUUCCUCUCCAACUCCUCGAGGGCCCGCUCCGAGCAGUUCAUCAACCUGCGCGAGGUCAGCACCCGCUUCAAGCUGCCUCCCGGAGAAUAUAUCGUGGUGCCUUCCACUUUUGAGCCCAACAAAGAAGGGGACUUUGUGCUGAGGGUCUUCUCGGAGAACAAAGCAGGGACGGUGGAGAUGGAUGACGACAUCCAGGCCAAUCUCCCAGAUGAGAAAGUGCUUUCCGAGGGCGAGAUCGACGAGGGCUUCAAGCAACUCUUCAGGCAGUUGGCUGGAGCUGAUAUGGAAAUCAGCGUUACCGAACUGCAGACAAUCCUCAACAGGAUCAUAGGAAAACAUAAAGAUCUUCGUACCAAAGGCUUCAGCUUGGAAUCCUGCCGCAGUAUGGUGAACCUUAUGGAUAGAGAUGGAAAUGGAAAACUCGGGCUGGUGGAGUUCAACAUCCUUUGGACCAAAAUCAGAAGCUAUUUGGCGGUCUUUAGGAAGUUCGAUUUGGACAAAUCAGGAACCAUGAGUGCCUAUGAGAUGCGGAUGGCCCUGGAAUCUGCAGGUUUCAAACUGAACAAGAAGCUCUAUGAGUUGAUCAUCACCCGCUACGCCGAGCCCGACUUGGCGAUCGACUUCGACAAUUUUGUCUGCUGUCUAGUGCGACUCGAAACCAUGUUCCGGUUUUUCCAGGCCCUGGACUCUGACAAAGAUGGAAUCGUCACUUUUGACCUGGUUAAGUGGAUACAGCUAACCAUGUUUGCCUGAAAGAAGAUAGCGGAGCCAACCCCGCACGGCUGCCUGGCCUUCCUCCUCUUUGGACACCUUUUCUUAUUAUUAUUUUUGUACCUGCAAGUGCCUUGCGUCACAAUGGGAUGGCUUGUUGCCUUUGAUUUCUCUCUUAUUUUGCUGCCACUUCUUCCCGCAAAGGAGGGAGGGCCCUCGCUUACACACAAACACACGCACGCCGCACACAUUGCCUUUGCAACGCCCACCACCUGUGCCUGGACACGCGUGACCUCGGGAGCCACCCCGCUUCACGGAACCGCUUCCUGCUCUCCGACGCCAAGGAACCACGCGACACCGUCUUUAUCCAUUACGUGCCAUGGUAACGGGACCGAAGACAACGUCGGCUUCAUAUUUUGGAAGACGGUCAUCCUUUGGUUCGUCAGUUUGGAUUUUCUCCUGCCCUUAAGCAUGAGAUGAGCUUGCUUUCAUCUUUUGUGCUAUUAAAGGAGAAGAGGAGAAUAUAUAAAUAUGCAAAUAUAUAUACAUAUAAAGACACUCUCCAUGCCAACUUGGACCCUUGGAACACUUUCCCACGCUUUGCCAUAUUUACAGGAAAUUCCCCUAUUUACAGGAAAUUCAGGCCCGGGCAAACUUGGGCCCUCCAGGUGUUUUGGACUCCAACUCCCACAAUUCCUAACAGCCGAUAGGCUGUUAGGAAUUGUGGGAGUUGUAGUCCAAAACACCUGGAGGGCCCAAGUUUGCCCAAGCCUGAUCUAGUCUUAUCUUCUCCCUUCUACCUGAAAAGCAAUGGUGCAAAUAAAAAAGUGUGUCAUUUCCUGUAUAUGUGUGCGUGCAAAUAUAUAUCGAUAUACACUUUACUAUUUUCCAGAAGCAUAUUAGUGCUUGCUGAUGCUUUGUGUCCUCUUCCGAUUGAGGAAUUUGGAGCCCAAAAGCAUACUUACAUCUCUCUCUGCUUGUUAUGGGGAUGCAUAGAUGCCCUUUGGGGGGUCUUCGGGUUGCUUUUAUGAUGCCAAAACGGGGCGCUUUUUGUCCGAGACGAAAAGUUGUUGCUCGAUCCUAUCGGAGGAUCCAUUCUUGAGAUUCAUUUUUACAUCCUCAUCCUGGGUACUACUGUUUUAUCUUCUUCCUUUUGAUUGUUUUUCUCUGUUUUAUAUUGUAGUAAAAAAAAAAAAAGACAUAUUUUAUUGCCAAAGUAAAUAAAGGAAUAAAGUUACUAUGACAAAAAUCA